AGCCCACUCACACACCUAUCUCCAAAGACACUUCUGGACUCGUAGUCGUAGAGUUCUAGACUUCUAGUUUGGAAAAAACGAAGUUAAGCUACCAUUUUUUAUACUGCAAACAUUCGAGCAGAAAAAAUUUUCAGUCGAAAUAAGAGAAAUGGAUCCAGAAAAAGCUACAGAAUUGGUAAAGCAUGGCUCAACUCUCCUUCUUCUCGACGUUCCUCAGUACACCCUCGUUGGCAUUGACACCCAGGUUUUCUCCGUGGGACCUGAAUUCAAGGGUAUCAAGAUGAUUCCUCCAGGCAUUCACUUUGUAUUUUACAGUUCGUCAAAUAAAGAUGGGAAGGAGUUUUCACCCAUUGUUGGCUUCUUUAUUGAGACUUCCCCAUCCGAGGUUAUUGUUCGUAAGUGGAAUCUACUAGAAGAAAGAUUGAUCAGAGUUCCAGAAGAAGAGGAUGAGAGAUAUGCCCAGGCUGUGAAACAUUUUGAAUUUGAUAGGCAUCUGGGUCCUUACUCAUUAAAUGAUUAUGGAGAUUGGAAACGUUUGUCGAAUUACAUCUGUAAGGAUGUCAUUGAGCGUAUUGAACCAAUAGGUGGGGAAAUUACUGUGGCAUGUGAAUCAAGCCUAGUUGGUAGCAUUCCCAAGACCACCAUGGAGAAAGCUUUAGCUGAACAAUUGAAAGAUAGUAAACUACAUAGAGAGGUUGAGAGUUCAGAAAGGAACGGAUGCUACUAUACACCAAUUCCUCGGGUCAUCAAGCAGAAAGGAAUUUCUGGAGCAGAGCUUACCUCUGUGAAUCUUGAUAAGACUUAUAUUCUGGAAAACAUUCUUAUGAAAGAGUAUGAUGGCGUUGAAGAAAGACUUCUCGGUGAGCUGCAGUUUGCGUUUAUUGCGUUUCUGAUGGGGCAAUCACUUGAUGGAUUUCUACAAUGGAAAUCUUUGGUUAGUCUUUUAUUGGGAUGUACCGAAGCUCCAUUUCAAACAAGGAGCCAGUUAUUUGUAAAGUUCAUCAAGUGCAUAUACUAUCAGCUAAAGUAUGGUAUUCAAAGGGACCAAGCAAGGAACAGCGACAUAGAGAAGGAAUCGUCAUUAUUUCUUGAUGAUUCAUGGUUUUCUUCUGAUAGCUUUCUGCAUCAUCUUUGCAAGGAAUUUUUUUUGCUGGUUAAUGAGGCCUCAGUUAUUGAUGGUGAUCUUUUGACAUGGACCAGAAAACUCAGAGAAUUGCUUGAGAAGACACUUGGCUGGGAGUUCCAAAAAAAAAGUGAUGUGUACGGGUUAUAUUUUGAAGAAGAUGAUGAGUAUGCCCCAGUGAUUGAGAUGCUGGAUGAAUCCAACUAGAUGAAGCAAUUGCUUGACAGCUUGAGAUGACUAAUACGAUGUUUAUACUGCUUUAUGUAACCAGAAGUCCAGAACUAUACAUCCUUGUCGGAGGCCCCCCUCAAAAUCUGCCUCUUCUUCAACAGAAGUCAAUGUUCACCCCUUGGAUUAAACCCUCGACAAGCGGAAAAAAUGGCCUCUCUGCAAUGUACACUCACUGAGUGGAGCGGGUUAACAGUGGGCUGUUUGCAGAUAAAGGAUGGUACAUAGCUCCAGGAUACAAUAGCUUUUGACGCACUUCAGGAAGUUUCCUGCUUAUCGAAGCAGCUUCACCUUUUGUUCAUUAAUUUUGCUUAUCUUUGAUAUUGUUCUUUUCAUUGUCUUAUUCUACUUUAAAACUAAUGUGUAGGAAAAAUUGCCUUAGCAUGAAUUUAUUCUAUCAUUCAUGCAUUUCGAAACUGUAAACUCUGUAGAACUUCUGAAUAAUGCUAUUAUUUAUAUCCAAAACAAUAACAAGAGGAUUUGCAUCAAAAA